UCAUUAUUCAAAGCAACGGUAAUAGCUUGUAGCCUUGCAGUACUUUCAGAAGUCGUUUCACACAUUCGAAGUCGUUUUUAAGCAGUCAUGUCGUUUAACUCUUAAACGACGUUAGGUCUUCAACCGGAAGUUAACGCGAGAAAACCGACUUCGCACUUUACCGCUCUCAGCGACUCCGUGACCGUGUGGUUUGGCGAAAAUUUCUAGAACUUUCUUCCAUGGAGUUUAUCAGAAGACUGGCGGCGGCGAUCGUGGUGGCGGCGCUUGCGGCGGCGUUGCUGGCGGAUGCCGGCGACGACAACCGAGUAUUCUCUCCGUGCUCGGACACGCAUGUGCAGAGAUCCGACGGAUUCACGUUCGGAAUCGCGUUCGCUUCGAAGGACAAGUUCUUCUACAAUAACAACAAUAGCCUUCAGUUGUCACCGUGCGAUUCGAGACUCUCUCUCUCCAACUCCAACUCUCAGAUCUCUGUGUUCAGACCCAAGGUCGAUGAGAUUUCGCUCCUCACCGUUAACUCCUCCUCGUUCACCGCGGACACCUAUGGCUAUAUGGUUGCAUUUGCUGGCCGGAGAUAUGCAGCAAGGUCCCCUCCUGCAUUUGUUGCAAACAGCACAUAUACUGUAACCAGUUUUACUCUGGUCCUUGAGUUUAAGAAGGGCAGGCUUCAAAAUUUAUAUUGGAAAAGAGAUGGGUGUUCUAAAUGCUCCGGUAACUCGAAAGCUGUCUGUCUCAACAAUCAGGAUUGUGCGCUACAAACAUCCAGCUGCAAGAGCCAUGGAGGAACUGUGGAUUGCAGCAUAGGAAUACAAUUGGCAUUCUCUGGUACUGAUAAACACCUUGCAGUUCUCAACUCUUGGUAUGAAGUGAAAAACCUUCGCCAGUAUUCACUCUAUGGCCUUUAUUCAAAUCUGAGAGAUUCUCUCACUAGCCAGUAUGAUAAGUUUUUCUAAUACCCUUUAGUUCUUUUGUUAAUUUUUCUUGUAAUAUUCUGUUGUGAUUUGCUCUUGUUAUUACUUUAUCCACAUCCCAGCCCUUCUCUUUCAAAUAUAUUUGUGAGAACCAAAAAUGAUGGCUUGUAUAUUUGUAUGCCCGAAGUUAUUUUUACUAUGCUGGAAUAGUACAAUACAUAUGACUUUGUUAAUUGAAGCGAACUGUGUUGGCCUUGGACAUGCCAAAUAGUGUAAUUGACCCUUCAAA